UCGAAGUUUAGCUACCAAGAGUCUACAAUCCUUCCAGUGUUUCUACUUAUUUUAGUAUUGUUUGGUAGUACCUCUCAUUGGAUCUCCUCACUGGACAUAACAGCAAAAAUAUAAACAAACGGGGGCUUUCCAGACAGGCAAGUUAGAAAACAUUGAAAUUCCAUACUUCAUUAGAAGGAGGCAUCAACUUGGUGAUAACUAUACUGAGCACCGAAAACAACUUUUUUCUGCUUCAGAGCUGAAUGCAUUUGUCGGUAGAUGCAAUGGAUAUGGUAAAUGAUGACUGCAUUUCUCCUGGGAAUUUUCAUGAAAUGGCAAAGAGUACAGGGGGUGUGCCUGGGCGUGUACAUAGUAUAGAUGUGAUCCUGGGAUUCAGCAAAGAUCAGGAUCCACUCCUUAACCCAGUACCUGUGCUAAACCAUCUGACCAAUAAAAGUGGAACAGAAAGUCUCAUUGAGAGCAGCAAAUUAGAGGUAUCCCACUCUUAUACCCACCUCCCAUCCUUAAGGAACAGCCUGGAGCAACCGACAUUUCAUGAUUCUACCAUCUUUUUAACCAAAUGUGAUGGAGACCAGGGUAAAUUAGGAAAGAAUAUGGAAAAUGACCCCAAAACUCCUGAGGACACUGAGGAAGAUGAGCAUCCUAAGAAGAAGCACAGGAGGAACCGAACAACUUUCACCACCUACCAACUUCAUGAGCUGGAGCGUGCGUUUGAAAAGUCUCAUUAUCCAGAUGUCUACAGCAGGGAAGAGCUGGCCAUGAAAGUGAAUCUACCUGAGGUCCGUGUCCAGGUCUGGUUUCAGAAUAGGAGAGCCAAAUGGAGAAGGCAGGAGAAGAUGGAAGCCAGUACAAUGAAACUACAAGAUGCCCCAGUGCUUUCUUUCAACAGGCCACCAAUGCCAACCAGUGUUGCACCUAUGACAAAUGCCUUGCCAUUGGACCCAUGGCUUUCAUCACCUAUUUCUGGUGCCACAGCAGUACAUAGCAUUCCAGGUUUCAUGGGCCCUACCCAGGGACUUCAGUCUGGUUAUCCUACCCACUCAUUUCUCAACACUGCACCCCCUAUGCCCCAGGCCAUGCAGUCAAUGGCCCCGACGGCUUACCCUUGUGCCACCACAUUCGUUGACAAGUACCCACUCGAAGAGGUGGAUCAAAGAAGCACUAGCAUUGCCUCAUUAAGAAUGAAAGCCAAGGAGCACAUUCAGUCAAUUGACAAAACAUGGCAGCCCAUGUGACACAGUGUUACAGACAUCAGUGGGUUAAUAACUGCUUCACUUCAUAACUUUUUGUUGACUUAAAAUAUCAUAUGAUAUUGUGUGAAGCAUGUGAAAAAAACAUGUA